AUGGCCGCCCUAUUAGAGAAGAUUGCCCAUUUGUCAUUGGUGGAUAUCUUGGAGAUGUUGGCAACAAGGUGUGCAACUCAGUUCAUAGUGGAGCUUGGCUUCCCACACGCCGUUUUUGAAGGCGAUUCCAAAGGUAUUAUCAAGGUGCUUGCUGAUGGAUAUUCUGCCUUCUCAAGUUUUGGUCAUCUAGUAAAAGACUUUAGAGAUGCUGAGAAGGUUGACCUAAACGAUAAGCGGAAACUGUCUGAGUUGGUCUUACAUUGGGGUGAUGACACCAACAACACAGAAAAUGAAAUAAAUGUGAUUGAGCAAAUGUGUCCUCCUACAAACUUGAAAGCUCUAACCAUCAAAUAUUAUGGGGGUAAAAGAUUUCCUGUUUGGUUAGGAGAUUGUUCAUUCUCUGAUAUGAAGAACACGCAGACUUAUGUCAAAGCUUGCGACAAAUGCCAGAGAUUUGGUAACGUCAUUAGACAACCGCCGGAAGAACUCACCCCUAUGACAACCCCGUGGCCGUUCGCUCAAUGGGGAUUAGAUAUCAUGGGCCCCUUCCCAACAGCAGUUAGGCAGCUAAAGUUCCUUGUAGUUGGCAUCGACUACUUCACCAAAUGGGUGGAAGCAGAAGCUCUAGCCACUAUCACAGAGAAGAACAUCCGAAGUUUUGUUUGGAAGAACAUCAUUUGUAGGUAUGGGAUACCCAGGGUGCUUGUCUCCGACAACGGAAAGCAGUUCAACAACAAUGCAUUCAGGGAUUUCUGCUCGGAGCUAGGGAUUAAGAACCACUACUCGUCACCUGCUCAUGCAUAA